AUGGAUAAGAGCUGGAUUAAGCUCAACGAUGUUACUUCAAAAGAUUUUGUUUAUGGAGUUAAAAGUUUCAUGAGAUUUGCUCUGAUGCAUAUUGGGGAUAGAAAGGUUAUGCGUUGUCCAUGUAGCAACUGUCUGAAUCAGAUUUUGCACCCACCCGACUUGGUCAAAUUGCAUAUCCUUACCAACGGGAUGGACAUCGAUUAUGAUGAAUGGGUGCACCACGGUGAAGAUCCGUAUGAACAUGUGGACGAUGACAUUGAUAAUGAUGAUGUAGAUAAAACAUUCGAGGAAGAAGAGUUGUUAGAAGAUUUGAACUUUGGAGUGCAUAAUUUUAUUGAUCGUGAAAAUCCAUUGGAGCAUCCUGAUGAUCUCAAUGGUGAUCAACCAAAUAUUAUGUUAGUUGAUGAAGUGGAAAAAUUUCAGAAAUUGUUGAAAGAUACACAACGUAAAUUAUAUCCCGGUUGUUGGAAAUCGUUGUUAUCUUUCCUCGUCAAAUUGCUUCAUAUAAAAGUAUUGAAUCGGAUGACUAAUAAGUGUUCUGACAUGAUUAUUGAUUUAUUUAAACAAUAUCUGCCGGAGGAAGAUAUAAUUCCGUCGUCGUUUUAUGAGGCCAGGAAGGUAUUGAAAGGGAUUGGGUUGGGGUAUGAGUUUAUCCAUGCAUGUAAAAAUGAUUGUAUUCUCUUUUGGAAAGAACAUGAGCGCUUAGAUAGUUGUCCAGUAUGCAAAGAGUCUCGAUGGAAGGUAAAUGAUGGCAAAGGAAAGCAAGUUCCUCACAAAAUUUUGCGUUAUUUUCCUCUGAAGCCAAGAUUACGAAGGUUGUAUAUGUCAAGAAAAACAGCAUCUGAUAUGAGAUGGCAUAAGGAUGGGAAAAUUGAGGAAGAUGAUAUGAUGAUUCAUCCUGCAGAUUCUAAUGCCUGGAAGGAUUUUGAUGAGCAGUACCCUUCAUUUGCUAAAGAUCCUCGAAAUGUGCGUCUUGGGCUAGCUACUGAUGGAUUUAAUCCUUUUGGUAAUAUGAAUAAUUCUUACAGUAUAUGGCAUGUGGUUUUAAUGGUAUAUAAUUUACCACCUUGGCAGUGCAUGAAAGAACCUUACUUGAUGAUGUCCCUUUUGAUUCCCGGUCCUCGAUCACCUGGAAGAGAUAUUGAUGUCUAUUUGAGACCUUUGGUCGAUGAGCUGAACGAAUUGUGGGAAUCUGGAGUGAGAACAAGAGAUGCAAAAACUGGAGAACUUUUUCCUUUGCGUGCUGCAAUUUUAUGGACGAUAAAUGAUUUUCCUGCAUAUGGUGAUAUUUCUGGACAUCGAACAAAGGGAUAUUAUGCUUGUCCAAGAUGCAGCGUCCGUACUCCUUCACAAAGGCUAAGGAGUAAGAUUGGUUAUAUAGGUCACAGACGUUAUUUGCCACACUAUCAUCCUUACCGAAAAAGUCUUAAAUUCAAUGGUGCAGCAGAACACCGAUCCAAGCCUAUUGAUGAUAUUCUUUUCCAACUAAAAGAAGUAGAAACUGUCGUGCUUGGCAAGCAUUCUAUGGACAAAAAGCGAAAGCGUCCUUCCCAACCCUCAUGUUGGACAAAGAAGAGUAUACUUUUUGAGUUGCCGUAUUGGUCAAAACUUAAAUUACGGCAUAAUCUUGACGUAAUGCAUAUUGAGAAGAAUAUAUGUGAUAAUGUGAUGGGAACUAUAUUAGACAUUGAUGGUAAAACAAAGGAUACAGAAAAGGCUCGUUUGGAUUUGGAGGAUAUGGGUAUCAGGAGUGAGUUACACAUAAGAUCACUAGAAGGUGCCAAAGCAAAUAAAGAUGGUAAAGUAAAGUGUUUAAAGCCGCGAGCACUUUUUACAUUAUCCCCAAAGGAGAAGAAAAGUUUUUGUAAAUUCUUGAAAGGAGUAAAAUUUCCGGAUGGGUAUGCUGUGAAUAUCUCUAGAUGUGUGAAUAUCAAAGAUGGUAAAAUAACAGGGUUGAAAAGUCAUGAUUGCCAUGUGUUAUUACAACGUUUACUUCCUGUAGGAUUGCGUGGUUACCUUCACAAAGAUAUUCUCGGUGUUAUUACCGAGUUAGCCAGUUUUUUCAGACAAUUGUGUUCUCGAAAACUAAAUAUUGCAGUCCUCGAUGAUUUGGAAAAUAAGAUUCCUGUGAUAUUAAGCAAGUUAGAAAUGAUAUUUCCACCCGCAUUCUUUGAUGUUAUGAUCCAUCUAGCAGUUCAUUUGGCACAAGAAGCAAAGACGGGAGGACCAGUUCACUAUAUAUGGAUGUAUCCUAUCGAGAGGUAUUUAAGUAGUCUAAAAGGGAUGGUCCGGAAUAGAGCUCGUCCUGAAGGCUCCAUUGCCGAGGCCUAUAUUGUAAAAGAAGAACAUGAAGAGAAAUUGAAGCAAGAAAAUCCUAUUGGUUGGGAGGCUAGACAAAAGAAGAAGUUUGCUAAAUGGUUUGAUAAUCGAAUUAAAAAGCUACGGAGUAUAAAAUCUAUCAAAGCUACCGAUGAACUUCUAGCACUUGCAUCUGGGCCUGAUUAUCGUCUUAGUAAAUAUAGUGGAUGUGUUGUAGAAGGAGUCAAGUAUCUAACUAGCAAAAGAGAUUCUAGGCGAGUGACACAAAAUAAUGGAGUGUCUAAAGAUUCUGUUCACAAAGGUGGGAAUUGGAAAGUUGUUCAACAUGUACAACAUCGACAUCUUUUUGACGCAUCACUCAUCUCUGCUGGAAAGGAGCCUGAUGUGAGUGAUGCAUAUCAACAAGAAAAUUGUGCUCAUAUUGAAGUUCAAAUUCAUGCUCAAGAGAUUGGAUCGGUGGUUCGAAAUGAUGAAGCUCCUCUAGAGAUUGAAAUUGCUGAACAAAUAAUUAAUUCUCGUGAAAACAUUCACAAUGAUCAAGACGAAGAAGUAGACGAAGAAGAUGAAGAUGAACAAGAUGACACCGUGGUUCAAUAUUUGACUAGUGAUGAUGAAGUUGCAUCUCAUGCUAAUAUGGAUAGUGACUUGGAAUAG